AUGCGUGAAGGGAGCAGCUUUGGAAGGCUGCAGCGAAGGAUGAUGGGGAAACUGGGGGAAUCGAUUAUGAUAUCCGAUGUAGGUUUCUACCGUGCACGUCUGUCCGUUCUCCAGCUGAUCGCGACAGUAACGCGAGGCGAUGUCCAGACGUUGAAGAAUGACUGGAUUACGGAUAAUAUCAUUUCCUUCUGGGAAGAAUACCUCGAACGCGAGUUUCUGUCGAAAUUCAAACACUCGAAUAUCGUCCUCCUCCGCCCCAGCAUGUCUUUCAUGCUCCUACAAACCCCCGACCCGCGCACCGUCCGCGACGCCCUGCCCAACUUCACCGGCACCACACACGUGUUCCUCCCCAUCAACGACUGCCGGAACGUCGCCGAAGCCGAAGGCGGCACGCACUGGUCGUUGCUUCUGGUCUCCAUCAUCGACCGGGUUGCGUUCCACUACGACUCGCUCCCGCCAGGCAACCGCAUGGAGGCGUACCAGGUGACGAUGAAGCUGGGCGCGCUGCUCAACCGGCCAAUCCGGUUCGUGCAUCUGGACGACGCCCCCGUGCAGGAGAACAGCAACGACUGCGGGGUGUUUGUGUGUCUGAACAUGCGACAUCUGCUGCUGAAGCGGCUGCUGAUGGCCAACUCGAACGAGAAGAUCAGCAUGAGUCUGGGCGGGCGGAAGGUUGAUGCGAGCGCCGGGCGGAAAGAAAUCCUCAAGAUUAUUGAGGGGUUCAGGAAAGAGGGUGCCAGACGAAGAUCCACGAGUCCGUCAGAGAAGCAAUCUACGAGUAGUCCGCCGAGGAUCGAAUGA